UGAGGGCUGGGGGGGGAUUUGCGCUGAGCGAUCGGUCCCUUAUGCAGCUGCAGCUCCAAAACAACCAGCUCGCUCCUCACCAUGGGGCGCUGGACAGCAGAAGAGAAGAGGCUCAUUACCAAUCUCUGGCGCAAGAUCGACGUGGCCGAAUGCGGGGCUGAUGCCCUUGCCAGGCUGUUGAUGGUCUACCCUUGGACCCGGAGAUAUUUCCAUCACUUUGUUAACACCCAUGAUGCCCAGGCCAUCAUCCACAAUCUACAAGUCAAGUCUCAGGGCAAGAAAGUGCUCCAUGAAUUUGGGGAAGCUGUGAAGCACCUGGACAACAUCUAGGACUGCUUUGCCACCCUGAGCAAGCUGCACUGUGAGAAGCUGCACGUGGACCCCAACAGCUUCAAGAUGAGGGAUCUCCUGCGAGACAUCAUCGUACUAAGCCUGGCUGCCCACCACCCCCACAACUUCACUGUGGAGGUCCACGCCGCCUACCAGAAGCAGGUGAGGGCAGUGGUUGAAGCUCUGUCCCCUGAGUACCACUAA